UUCCUUCACUUGCCACCCAUAUCACUCUGAUUUGUGUUUAAAGCCCUCUCUCUUUCAACCUCUACCACAUGCCGGUAAUAUGACCCUCCCGCAUUGAUGUUUCAGCAGCUGCUCAUCAAGUUGUGAAAAUGGAGAUAGAAGUGGCGAGUAGCAGCAGCGGUAAUAAUAAUAAUCUCAACAAGCAGAGAAAUGUAGGUGGAGACGAUGGCGGUUUGCAUAGAGAGUUUCGGAGAGGAACUUACCUCGUUUGGGAAGAUCUAAAUGUUGUGCUUCCGAAUUUCGGAAAUAAACCAACCAAAAGGUUGCUUCAGGGCCUCUAUGGCUACGCUAAGCCUGGAAGAAUCAUGGCCAUUAUGGGUCCUUCUGGUUCAGGAAAAUCAACCCUUCUUGAUUCUCUCGCAGGUAGGCUCUCUAGAAAUGUGAUAAUGACUGGGAAUGUUCUUUUCAAUGGAAAGAAAAGAAGACCAGAGAGCGGUGUUUGUGCUUAUGUGACCCAAGAGGAUGUGUUGCUUGGGACUCUGACAGUCAGAGAAACCUUAACAUAUUCAGCCCAUCUGAGGCUUCCAAGUAACAUGAGCAAAGAAGAGAUUAGCAACUAUGUAGAAGGCACAAUCAUGGAGCUGGGUCUCCAGGAUUGUGCCGAUAGGAUGAUUGGAAACUGGCACUUGAGAGGCAUAAGUGGUGGCGAGAAAAAGAGACUAAGCAUCGCUCUUGAGAUCCUGACUAGGCCUCUCUUAUUGUUCCUUGAUGAACCUACAAGUGGCCUUGACAGUGCCUCAGCUUUCUUUGUGAUUCAAACUCUCCGAAACAUCGCUCGCGAUGGAAGAACUGUUAUCUCUUCGAUUCACCAGCCGAGUAGUGAAGUUUUCGCCCUCUUUGAUGAUCUUUUCUUACUAUCUAGCGGUGAAACCGUCUACUUUGGAGAAGUUAAGUCAGCUGUUGAGUUCUUUGCUGAAGCUGGAUUUCCAUGCCCGAGUCGCAGGAACCCUUCGGAUCACUUCCUACGCUGUGUAAAUUCCGAUUUCGAUGCUGUAACAGCAACAUUGAGAGGAUCUCAAAGAAUUCAAGAUGCCCCAACUUCUGCAGACCCUUUCUUGAACAUGGCAACAGCAGAUAUCAAAGCAAGGCUCGUCGAAAAAUACAGGCGCUCAACAUAUGUCAAAAGCGCAAGAGCUGGGAUUCAGGAAAUAUCAGCAAUUGAAGGGCUCGAAAUUGACGCAAAAACAACAAGUGAAGCAAGCUGGUGGAAGCAACUUAAAACGCUGACUAGAAGAUCAUUGGUGAACAUGUCUAGAGAUGUAGGAUAUUAUUGGGCAAGAAUAGCAAUCUAUUUAAUCGUUUCCAUUUGUGUUGGCACAAUAUUUUUCGAUGUUGGCUUUAGCUACACAGCAAUCUUGGCCAGGGUAUCCUGUGGAGCAUUUAUCACAGGAUUUAUGACAUUUAUGUCUAUUGGUGGCUUCCCAUCCUUCAUUGAAGAAAUGAAGGUUUUCAAUAAAGAAAGACUUAAUGGGUAUUAUGGAGUGGCUGUUUUUAUACUAUCAAACUUCCUCUCUUCUUUCCCCUUUUUGGUAUCAAUUGCACUUAUGAGUGGGUCAAUAACUUACUUCAUGGUGAAAUUUCGAUCCGGAUUUUCUCAUUUUGCUUUUUUCACUCUCAAUAUUUUCUUCUGCAUUACUGUUAUAGAGAGCCUAAUGAUGGUAGUGGCUUCAUUGGUUCCUAAUUUCUUGAUGGGAGUUGUCGUUGGUGCCGGAAUCAUGGGAAUCCUGAUGAUGACCUCUGGUUUCUUCAGGCUGCUGCCAGAUAUACCCAAGCCCUUUUGGCGUUACCCCAUUUCAUAUCUCAGCUAUGGUGCCUGGGCAAUUCAGGGUGCAUACAAGAAUGAUUUCAUUGGCCUCGAGUUCGAACCAUUGAUCCCUGGUAGCCCAAAACUGAAGGGAGAAGAAGUCAUCAGAACGAUUUUCGGAGUAACAGUCACUCGUUCCAAGUGGUGGGAUUUAUCUGCCAUUGUGCUGAUUCUCGUAUGCUAUCGAGUUCUCUUCUUUAUCAUCCUUAAGUUCAAGGAAAGAGCCUCGCCAUUGUUUCAAAAUCUUUAUGCCAAGAAAUCUCUUCAACAACUCCGUGAAAGACCUUCCUUCAGGUCGCCGCCAUCUUUCUCAUCGAAGAGGCAUCAAACCCCCCAUUCACUUUCUUCUCAAGAGGGUCUGAACUCUCCUCUCAACUAAUACUUUUUAUGCGCUGUGAUUGUCAUUGUAGUUUUGUGUUACUUAUGUGGCUUGAUAUUCUUGCUUAUACAGUACAGAACACAAUACAAAGUUUCUAAAUAAGUUUUGUACACCGGGAAA